AUGUCGAUUAUAAAAAGGGAUCCACGUGAUAUAUUAUCCUGUGGCGGUUAUUAUUCAUGUGUAGUUGGUUCAUCAAUGAUAUCAAAUUUCCUAUUAGCUAAUGGAUCAUUUGAUCGUGUUUUGAUUAUUGUAUUACCACAUAAAUAUCAACAAAUUGUUACAAAUAAAAAAGUUCUUUUAAGAAUAAUAUUAACAGUAUUAAUCACCUCAUUAUUAAUGAUACAUUUCCAUUUUUCAUUGUAUUAUCAGGCAGAGAUGAAAUUAUCUGCUAGAACAUGUGAAUAUUAUCCAGAUGCUCGUCUCUGGAUUGGACGUAUAUGGCCAAUACUACACUCAGUUUUAUUUGCAUUUCUACCAUCAUUUAUAAUAUGUACAUGCUCAUUCAUAAUACUAUGGAAUAGAUACCAUCGUAAGAAGAAAACAGUGAAUUCAAUAGCAGCAACUCAUAUGCAAACGUUAUCAUUAUUAUUAGUUAUAUUUUCUAUUUGUUCAACGCUAACAAUAUUACCAAUAACGAUUUUACACUUUUUUAGUUCAUAUUUUCUAGAUGAUAAUACCGACUGUCGAAAAAUUGGAAUGUGGAAAAUGUUACUCGAUUUAUGUUCAACAUUAAUGGCAGUUAAUUACUCAAAAUAA